AUGCUAGCAGCGCGCGUCGGCGUCGCCGGACGCGGAGGGACGGCGAGGGGAGAGAGAGGCCACGCCCACCGCGGCGCUGGGCCCGCCUCCGCGUCCGCCCCCGCCACAAAAAGCGCGGGCAGCGCGCGCAGGGCCGGCGGCCGGCCGCCACACGCGUCCGUGCUGCAGCAGACCAUCAACAUCCAGCAGCACCUGCACCACCUGCACCUGCACCAGCACCACAGCGUCAUCCUCAGCGGCGCCGGCGCCGGCGCGCUCCCGGAGCUCGACCACCACGCCCAACAACAGCAGCAACAGCAGCAGCAGCAACAGCCGGCGACGCAGCAGCAGCAGCAGCAGACGCAGGACAAGGAGCAACAGCCGCCGGCGAAGAAGGGCAACCCCGGCGUGCGGCGGCAGGAGAAGCCCCCCUACUCGUACAUCGCGCUGAUCGUGAUGGCCAUCCAGAGCUCGCCCGCCAAACGGCUCACGCUCAGCGAGAUCUACAGCUUCCUGCAGCAGCGUUUCCCCUUCUUCCGCGGCGCCUACCAGGGCUGGAAGAACUCGGUGCGCCACAACCUGUCGCUCAACGAGUGCUUCAUCAAGCUGCCCAAGGGGCUGGGCCGGCAGGGCAAGGGUCACUACUGGACCAUCGACCCCGCGUCCGAGUUCAUGUUCGAGGAGGGCUCGUUCCGGCGGCGGCCGCGCGGCUUCCGGCGCAAGUGCCAGGCGCUGCACCAGCAGCAGCAGCAGCAGCAGGCGUGCUCGGACCGCGAGGUGGCCGCCGCGUGGGCCAUGCAGGGCGGCGUGUUCGCCACGAGCGACGGCAACGCCUACAUGAAGCCGCCGCCGCUGAGCCCGCUGCCCGACCACCAGCCGCUGACGCCGCCCGCGCCGGGGCCCUCGCCGCACGACCCCUACGCCUCCUACCAGUACGCGCUGCAGGCCGCCGAGCACGGUCCUUCUAUAAUAGCAAAGGGCUUGUAG